AUGGCUCUUCGCGAUGGUCUCACGGUAACUUGGGAUCAUGGGGUGCGGCACAUUAUCUAUGAUUCUGACUGCAAAGACCCUGUUUCCAUUCUGCAAGUCUCGACCAGGAUAUCAACUCAUGUGCAUGCUUCUGUUCUUCGUGAAAUCAGUGACCUUCUGGCUAGGCCUUGGCGCGUGGAGCUAUCCUGGUGUGGCCGAGAGGCUAAUUAUGUUGCAGAUUGGUUGGCUAAGCGUGGGGCUGUGGUUUCUACAGCUGGGUGCACUUUGAUUGAGGUCCAAUCUCCAGAGCUUGAAGUUCUUCUUCUGAGGGACUCUCUCUGGAUUAGUUAG